AUGGAAGCUUCGUUACUCCAGUACACAGACGUUCUAUCAGAGAUGAAGCUCCUGCCACUGGUUUGUGUCCUGCUGUUUCUGCUGGCCUUCACACCCCAGCCGGAAGCUUCGCAAAUUCCCAUGAGGCUGUGUGGCCGCGAGUUCCUUCGUGCCGUAGUCUACACGUGUGGUGGCUCCAGAUGGAGAAGGAGCCUGAACGACAUCUUCAUGAACGAGUCCGAGCUGGAGGACACGCUGAGGUUCAGGAGGAAUGAGGACACGGCCCUGCUGGAUCUCUGCUGCAGAGUGGGCUGCAGGAAAAGUGACCUGACACUCAUGUGCUGA